AUGUCCCUAUUGCGCGAAGCUGAGAGAUGCGUCGCUAAUCAAUACGCACACGGAAUCAAUGCCUUCAUAACCCCACUAUCGCGCGCGGGGCCAUGGCUGGACCGCGUGAAGGAGGCAGAUGCGCGCAAGGAAUCAGGAAAGCCCAAAUCUGCCGUCGAUGGCCGCUUAAUAUCUAUCAAAGACAAUAUCUGCACACGCAGCAUGCCAACAACAUGUGCAUCGGGAAUUCUGGAUAAAUUUACGAGCCCAUUCAAUGCUACCGUCGUUGACGAAUUGGAGACCGCGGGUGCUAUUAUUGCCGGAAAGACAAAUUUGGAUGAGUUUGGAAUGGGAUCCAAUUCGAUCAACUCGUAUUUUGGUGCUGUCAAGAACCCGCGUCGAGGUCGAAGCGGGGAGGACCUCUCAGCUGGUGGAAGCUCUGGAGGAAGUGCUGCGUCAGUUGCUGGCGACCAAUGCUAUGCCUCGCUGGGUACAGACACCGGAGGCUCUGUCAGACUUCCGGCUGCAUACACUGGAACAGUGGGCUUCAAGCCGUCAUACGGCAUGAUCUCACGAUGGGGAGUGGUAGCGUAUGCCAAUUCUCUAGACACAGUUGGCAUUUUGAGCAAGACCACUGCUAGUGUACGGGAUAUCUUCGGUCUCCUCAACAAGCAUGACCAGCGUGACCCAACCAAUCUGUCCACUCAAUCCCGUUCCCGCAUUAAUGCAUACCACCAGACCCCGCGCCUCGCCUCCCGGCUAACAUCAGCACCCCUCCGGAUCGGCGUACCAAUCGAAUAUAAUGUCUCCGAACUAACACCCUCAGUCCGACGUGCGUGGACCCUAUCUCUAGCACACCUCCAGAAACAAGGACACACAAUCCACCCAGUCUCUCUACCCGCCACAAGACACGCCCUCUCAGCAUACUAUAUCCUAGCACCAGGCGAAGCGUCGUCAAACCUGGCCAAAUACGACGGAGUCCGAUACGGCACUCGCGCCGAAGGUCCAGACGGCGACGGAAAACCAGAUGGAUACCUGUACGCCAACACCCGCGGCGAGGGCUUUGGAGCAGAAGUAAAGAGACGAAUUGUCCUAGGCACGUUUUCUCUCAGCGCCGACGAAAUCGAUAACUACUUCAUCAAAGCACAGCGGGUUCGUCGCCUAGUUCAACAUGACUUCGAUUCCGUCUUUGCAGCUAAACAUCCGUUGCAUGUGACUGCUUCUCAGCAUGCGCAGGAUGAUUCAUUGACACACCCUGAUGUCGACGUCUUGAUCUGUCCUACUGCACCCUCUUCCCCACCGCGACUGUCAGAUUUGACAGACCCGAAGAAGAAAGCUUCCCUUGAUGCCUAUGUCACGGAUGUAUUCACCGUCCCGGCCAGUCUGGCCGGUUUGCCUGCGGUUUCGGUGCCUGUUACUGUAGCCGGGCAAGGAGAUGAGGCAGAGUUAGCUGGCAUUCAAGUCGUGGGCCAGUAUGGAGAUGACGAAUUGGUUAUGAAUGUGGGAGAGAUGUUGGAAGGGAAGAGUUUGGAUGAGGCUUCAUGA